GAUCCUAGGCACCUUGUCCCAUCCAUCCAAUCCCACGCCGCCGCCACUCCCUUUAUUUUCAACGCCAAGCCAACCAGCUUCUUCCCCGAUCCAAAUCCUCCUCGUUUUCUCCACCCAACCAACCCAGCUCAUCCCCUGGAUCCCUCGCAGUCAACCUAAGCCAGCCACUUCUCGAUCCCUGCGGCGCCAGCCACGCUCGGGAGGAGCCCGAUGCCCUCUGCGCCUCGUCCCCAGUCGCCAAGGACCUCGUGCCCGAGGGCUUCACUGACCACCAUCACCUCCGGUUGCCUCGUCGGAGCAGCAGCAGCAGUCCCGAGCGCCUGGAUCCCAGCCUCCUCGCGCCUGCCGUCCAGGGAGCAGCAGCACCGCUCGACAUGGUCACCAGGCCACGACCGCGCUUCUCCUCCCGUCCCUCGUCCCCCAAUGCCCGUGCUGCCGGCCCCUGCUUCCAUCCUCGUCCGCCGCUACCUUCAACCAACGCCACCGAGCGCCCGAACCAGGACUCGCCCGGAUCCUGCCGGAAUGGACCUUCGGCGGCCAGACCUGUCCCCGCCCGACCUCGCUGCCCGGAUCCGCUUCCUCCGCCCACCUCGAGCGCCGCCGGAGUCCUGCGCCGCCCCAAGCCGCCGCUGCAUCCCCUGAUGUUUGUUCCUGCCCUUCAGAGUUCAGGGACGAGAGCAGCGCAUUUUGCCCCGUCGCGCCUGUUGACCGCUCGGCCUCCAAGGCCCAGAUCCAGCGCCAAGGCCGACCCAACACCAAGACGCCAAGGCCCGGUUCCCUAAAGCCCAACGUGAGGAAGCCCACCUCCUGUUUGCUCCUGUGCAGCCUAGUUCGGGCCAGUUUCGGCCCGACUCCUGUUUUUUUCCUGAGGAGUGAUUUAUCUAUUUAUCAAGUUAAAAACAAAAUUGCAGAAAAACCCUCAAACGUCAUGCAUAUCAUAUAUCUCAAACCGUGCAUCAUAUGGAAAAACUUUAUAUUUGAAAUAUGCUUAGAAUUGCAUCUAGUUUCAUAAUAUGUCAUUUUCAUCCAUGCUUAAAAUGCUUAAAAUGUUGUUUGGUUAAAUUUUCUCCUAUGCCAUGUUAAAAUAAUUUAAUUCAUAACUAAUUAACCGUAGCUCCGAAU